AUGGCUGUGUUCCGAAGCUUCGCGACAGACAUUGUUGGACACAUUAUUGCGGACGACCUUGACAAUGACCGAGCAGCACCCACGCGUACCGGGUCAAACCACACGGAUAGAUGCCGAUUUACAACAUCUCUGGACCAUAUUAUGUUCAAGACCCCAGUUGCCAAGCUAAAGCGCAAACGCAACAACGGUCUAGCAUGGGUGUCCUGCAUAGGGACCUAUUCCGGGUGGAAAUAUGCGUCUGUCUUCGAGGUUCUGUCGGAGACUGGCAGAAGAGCAUUCCCGCCUGCAGAAAACAGCGAAGGAGAUGAUUCUCACGCCUCUGAGAUUGUAAACGGAGCGGACUGCAUGAUUUCUGCGUUCGUUUCAGUGUUUCUCCAUUUGUUAAAGUGCCCUCCGGUUAUGUCUCAACUCAAGCACGAGAUAGACAUCGCAUUUUGCAAGGCGGCUUUAUCCGAUGUUCUUCAGCAAGAGACGGAAUCACACACUCUACCUAUCCUGGACGCUGUCAUGAAAGAAUCGAUGCGACUUGCCAUGAGAUUUGAUUAUCGAAGAGAUGUUCCUGCGGAGGGUGUAGUAGUCUUGGGACAUUACCUUCCCGAAGGAACGGUCGUUCAAUUUCAUUCAGAGUCUAUAAGCAACAAUCGUGCCAUCUAUGGAGAAGAUGCCUCUUCUUUCCGGCCUCAAAGAUGGCUACAGGCAAACUUGGAUCAACGGCAACGGAAACGCAUGGAGAAAGCAUUGUUGGUUCUUCGACCAAAUAUGCGAAAUGCCACGAAAGCUCGAGCUGCCUGGCUGGAAUUGAAGCGGGCUGUUGCUCUGAUCAUCUGGAAGUUUGAUUUGCAUCCUAUCAAUUACGAUGAAGCGUCCAUCCAAGAUGCCGCUUCUCCAGAGCAAGAAUACGAUGUCUUGGUGAACUUUACUCCUAGAAUGCCUUAA